UACGUUACUGUACUAUUCUAACUUGUUCCCGGUAGAAAAGUUUUGUAACAUAUUCCUUUACAAUAUUGUUUGCAAUGGAUUAUAAAAAUUAUAUUGCAUUCUUGGGACUUAUUUUAAGCUUAAAUUACGUCUGUUGCCAAUAUAGGGUAAUAAAGACUCAAGGCACCUCAUUAUCAGAUCGCGUACAGCAAUUAACAGAGCUAGCUCUAACAAGAUCUGUACUUAAAUUCAAUGGAGCAAAGUUUAAAGAAUAUGUUAAAACUACACCGAGAAAUUAUUCUGUUGUCGUAAUGUUUACUGCUAUGGCACCACAAAGACAGUGUCAGAUAUGCAGGCAUGCAAGAGAUGAAUUUGUGAUUGUAGCAAACUCAUUCAGAUACCUACAAUCACAUUCAAAGAAAUUGUUCUUUGUAGCUGUAGAUUUUGAUGAAGGAUCAGAUGUAUUCCAAAUGAUGCGAUUAAAUACUGCACCAGUAUACAUGCAUUUUCCACCAAAAGGAAAGCCAAAGCCUGCAGAUACUAUGGACAUUCAAAGAGUAGGAUUUGGAGCUGAAGCAAUUGCAAAGUGGAUAUCUGAACGUACUGACAUUCAGAUUAGGGUAUUCAGGCCUCCAAACUAUUCUGGCACAGUAGCAGUGAUAAUGUUACUGGUAUUAACUGGAGGAUUCUUAUAUUUGAGACGCAAUAAUUUGGACUUCAUUUAUAACAAAACAAUUUGGGGACUUUGUGCACUGAUUUUCACACUUAUGAUGAUAUCUGGGCAAAUGUGGAAUCAUAUUAGAGGACCACCAUUCGUGCAUAGAUCAUCUAGUGGAAAUAUAGCUUAUAUACAUGGUUCUUCUCAAGGCCAAUUUAUUUUGGAAACAUACAUUGUUAUGGUUUUGAAUGGAGCAGUAGUUUUAGGUAUGAUUUUAAUGACCGAAGCUGCUUCCCGUAAAGGUGAUGUAAAAAAACGACGAAUAUUUGCUGCAAUAGGUGCAGGCUUAGUCGCUAUCUUUUUUAGUCUGUUAUUAUCAAUAUUUAGGAACAAAGUACCACUUUAUCCAUACAGUUAA